AUGAGUGGCUUUCCGGUUCUCCCUGCGCCGACCGCGCGGCUCUCUGCUCCGAGUCACCAAUACUACCGCUCUAUGUCCGGCUCGCCCAUCCGCCAGCAUCACCAGCUUCAUGUCGACGAACUGGUCUCCCGUCUGGCGCCGCCUACGGCUGCCCAGUCGCUGCGCUUCCCGUCUGGCCCGCUGAAGCGAUGUCUAGAAUCCGCCCCCUCCUCCGACCAGUCCUUUGCUAUGCGAGCCGCCAUUGCAUCUACUAGCAUCUACGAGUGGUGGGAUGAGCUAUCUCGGUGGUCCUGGCCCUCUGGUGGAGGCUCUGUCGGUUUCGAGGAGCCGACCGCAAGCAGACAGAUCAUCGAGACCAUAACUGGAGGUCAGAUUCCCACAGUGGCAUCACCGCCAUCACCGCCAACAUCAGCGGAUCCGAUGACACCAGAAAGCCAAAUUACACGCACUUCGAGCCGGUUUGGCAGUGUUGAAAGCAAAGGGCCCGGCGACGAGCUGUGGAUCGGAAGCCUUCCCGCGUCUGAUGUGUUUCGAUACGAGAGCAGAGUCGCCGAGAUUCAGCGGGAGAUUGAAUACCUCGAGGUGGAGGAUAUGAAGCACCACGUACUGCAUCAUCACAUCUUGCCAUUGUCACCACCUAGCACUCCCCCUUCGGACAGCAUGCCGCAGCGCUCAGCUCCUGUGUCUGCUGCAAAGGUCAUCCGGAUGGACGAUCUUACGGCCGUCGUCACCGCCAUUGUUCUCCAGGCGCUACCACUUCUUUCCAAGCUGCAUCGGCUGCUGGAUACUUGGCACAUCCGCACACUGGUCCUGAAAAAGAUCCCAACAUUUCUCGACUCACUGAACGCUGCUGAGAUUGCCAUCCAGUCAGCCUGGGAUGCCGUCCAGGUCGGUAGUGUGGCCACUGCUGCCAAGGACUUGACAAUCUCGGAGAGCCAGGUUCUGCGUCGAGACGAGGUUUCCGCAAUGAAGUCGAUAGUAGAACGGAAGGUGUCAAGGGCGGCCCAGGCUGCCGACUACAUGCUGGACGUCCUCGACGGAUGGGACGAUACUGUACCCGAGGCUUGGAUCGAUCGCAUUGACCUUGUCGAGAAAGAUUAUGCGGAGUGGGUGGCCUUCUGCGAGCGGAAAAUCUGCGAGUCUGAGUGGAAGACGCCUUUCCAUCACAAGUCAAUACUUUCGCCACCGCAGCAACUACCCAGCACACCCUCGUUUACCGAUGUCACAUACGAAACAGACUCUCCGGUCAGCGACGUCCUUGAUACUAAGCAACCAAGCUCAGACAAAUGUCACGAUCGCAUUUUGGAGAGCCCGGCAGGAAGCCCACCCGAAAACAUGCAUAUUUCUGUCGCUACAACUGUCGUCGGCUACCAGACACCUCCGAGCCUUUCUCCGCGAAGCUCGAUAGAAUCCAUAGGUUCGGAACCGUCGCUUCCGAUGCGCAGAACUUCACCAGAGCCAACCCUGGACAGCCCGCUGCCGAUUUUCGUGUCUUCACACAAAGAACGUGGCACCGAGCCCGAGAUCGGUGCCGCAGACGACGAUGGGUCUGUCGAUUACGAUCAGAAUCCUUCGAGCUCACCCCCUGAGUUUCACGGCAGCAUCCGGUCGCCUGCCACUUUCCGAGAUAUGCCCACGGUGGCCGAAAUGCCAGGGGAGGAAAUCUCCGGCGCUCCCAAGACACCGAUUGAAUCUUCUUUCAUCAUGGGCGACUACGACAACGAUGGAUUGGACAUACCAACGGAUAUGCACACCCCACACAGUCGCCGGACGAGCUUUGGCAGCGAGGAUGACCAGCUCCAGCAGCAGAUCAGCAGCAUACUAGAAUCAAUUCCAGCAAAGAUCCAUCUGUCGUCGCAACCAUCGACGACGCCAAACCAGCUCAACCCGCCCGACUUCAAAAUGCCCCGCAAGGCUCGGACGAACAGUGAUGGCGCUCGCAGCACAUCUGCAAUGUCGUCGCGCUCCAUGACUCCUUCAUUCCUACUUGCACCGGCCUUCUCUCGGAACCCCCGGCCGCGCCAUCAACGAAGCAACAGAGACAUCAAGCUGUACCAUCUGUCGCGGUCCACGGGCGAGCCGCCUAUCAAGCUCUUCAUCCGACCUGUGGGAGAGAGCGGCGAGCGGGUUAUGGUGCGUGUAGGCGGUGGUUGGGCCGACCUGAGCGAGUACCUGAAGGAGUAUGCCAGUCACCACAGCCGUCGGUCGAAGAGCGGCAACGAGAGCAAGAUUGAGAUACGCGAUCUCCCGCCAACGUUGACCGCGUCCAUGGCUAUGUCGUCUGCGCUGAACCGAUUCGGGUCCAGCCCGCCCAGCCGGCCAGAAUCGUCGUCCCCUGGCUCGCCAGCUACGCCACCUCUCAUCAUGCGUAAGACGCGGAUGAGCGUGGGUGAAGAGAGCAAGGUCCCGCGGACGCCACUGGUGGCGGUGACCAAGCCGUCCGAGACGCCGUUGUCAGAGGUGUCGACCGUGUCACGAUCGAGCUCCCGACUUAGCUGGACGGAAGAGGGCAGUUCUCUGGGCAUGUCGGGGCCACGAGCUAAGAACAUUGAGAUGAGCGAGGAGAGCAAGGCAUGGGUAGAGAGCGUUAAGGAAAAGGUGCGGAUCGCUAGCGGCGAGCACGUGGCUUCGGACCAAAUGGAAGGAAAAUUUGGCGAGAUCGGGAAGGCUGGUGGGACUAAACGGGUAUUCAGAAGAGGUUGA